GAGCAAACUGGCGGAAAGAUCAGAAAGGCGGCUGGAAGAGGCGCCAUGGCUGUGCUCCUGGAGACCACGCUGGGAGACCUAGUGAUUGAUUUAUACACGGAGGAGAGACCGAGAGCUUGUCUAAAUUUCCUGAAGCUUUGCAAGACCAAAUACUACAAUUACUGCCUUAUACAUAAUAUACAAAGAGAUUUUAUCAUACAAACUGGAGACCCCCUGGGGACUGGCCGUGGAGGUGAAUCCAUAUUUUGCAAAUUGUAUGGUGAUCAAGCUAGAUUUUUUGAAGCAGAGAAAGUGCCAAGAAUUAAACACAAGAAAAAGGGAACUGUGUCAAUGGUAAACAAUGGGAGUGAUCAGCAUGGAUCUCAGUUUCUUAUUACUAUAGGAGAAAACUUAGAUUAUCUGAAUGGUGUGCAUACAGUGUUUGGUGAAGUAACAGAAGGCAUGGAUGUAUUGAUGAAAAUUAAUGAGUCCUUUGUCGAUAAGGAUUUCGUUCCAUAUCAAGACAUCAGGAUAAACCAUACAGUGAUCUUAGAUGAUCCAUUUGAUGAUCCCCCUGGUUUGGCAAUACCAGAUCGUUCACCAGAACCUACAAAAGAACAAUUGGAUAGUGGGAGAAUAGGUGCUGAUGAAGAAAUCGAUGACUUCAAAGGAAGGACUACGGAUGAAGUGGAAGAAAUCCUGGCAGACAAAGAAGCAAAAACACAGGCUAUUCUCUUGGAAAUGGUUGGAGACUUACCUGAUGCAAAUAUCAAGCCACCUGAAAAUGUUCUUUUUGUCUGCAAACUUAAUCCUGUGACAACCGAUGAAGACCUUGAAAUCAUAUUUUCCCGAUUUGGUUCGAUAAAAAGUUGUGAAGUAAUUCGAGAUUGGAAAACUGGUGAAUCUCUGUGCUAUGCUUUCAUUGAGUUUGAAAAGGAAGAAGAUUGUGAGAAAGCUUACUUUAAGAUGGACAAUGUCUUAAUAGACGACAGGCGAAUACAUGUUGAUUUUAGCCAAUCUGUUGCAAAGGUGAAAUGGAAAGGAAAAGGCGGGAAAUACACCAAGGAUGAUUUCAAAGAAUAUGAAAAAGAUCACAGCAAAACUUCUAAAUUAAGUCUGAAAGAGAAAGCAAAACCCAAGCAAGACUCCAAAUACGAUCUUGUGCUGGAGAAUGAAGAGGAGGAAGCCAGAACCAGCCACAGGCACUCUGAUAAAAAGAGGAAGCAUUACCAUUCAGACAACACCGAUGAUGAGGAGGAGGAGGAGGAGAAGAGGAGCAGAAAAACCAAAGACCCUGGCCGAAGGCACAAAGAAGAAGGCAAUAGGGAGAAAAGAAAAAGCGACAAGCGAGAGAGAGGCCGGAGCCAUUCUCGGGAGAGAGAAAGCCACCACAAAAAGUCUAAAGACAAGCAUUCCGAGGAAGCCUGGGAAAGAGACCAUGAUGAAGAGAAAAAAUCAGAGAGGAAUCCCAAAAAGUCCAAAAAUAAGGAAAAGUCCAAAUAUAAAUAAGGACAUUCUUGGCAUUUAUCUGCCUUAGAAACUGCCAAUGCAUUCCCUUCCAGAAGAUCUUCAAGCUCCCUCUGAUUCUGCCUCAUGGAGUUCUGUGGGAGGAUAUCUUCAUUGGGUGGACUCUACUGUUAUGUUUGUUGCCUUUUAAAAACUGCAGAUUGUAGAGAAAUUAGAGAAAUUCAUGCUUCAGUACAGUAACAAGGUGUCUGCAGCGUUUGGGUAAUUACGAAUAGCAAUCUGCUGCUGUUCCUGCC